AAACACGUGGGUCACGUUCGCAUCAGAUAACGGCGUAUGAAUACAUGAGAGACAAUCACUGAGAAAGGACGAAAAAAAAAAAAAGUUAAACUAAUUAAUUAUUCACGGUCAUUGCGUUGCAACCAAUUAGGUAUUAGAGAGGGAACAAUGAUUAAGCUGCUCUGGAUUCUGUUUGUAACAGGUUUUAUAGGCAAGCUGGUCCAAGCUGGACUGGUCACAGGAAGGACUCAUUGUGGUCCUAAUGAUGUUUCUCCGUUAACCAGAGUCAACACUACCGGCAGACUAAAUGAUUUCAGAGCCAGUUUAUCUUCCAUAGGCAGAUACACCAAACCGAUUUCUGCCUUCAUAGUAGGCUCGGGAGACGCCCAUGACAGCGAAUACCCGGGCCAGUAUGACAAAAGAAGAGCCUACAUAUCAGGCUUUGAUGGUUCCGCAGGUACAGCAGUUAUAACGAUGACCAAAGCUGCCCUUUGGACUGAUGGAAGAUAUUUCCUGGAAGCUGAUGAAACACUAGAUUGUAACUGGAGUCUUAUGAAAUCAGGGAUUCCUGGGACGCCUACAGUGGCAGAGUGGCUUAACUCUGAAAUGCAGGGUGAAGGAGAUUAUGUAGGUGUUGACAAAACACUCAUCACAGAAGAUGAGUUUCAAAGUUUGAAAAAAACUCUGGCAACGUUACCAAAAAAGGCAGUCCUGACUUUGAUGGACCAGAACCCAGUGGAUAUGAUUUGGAGAGAGGGAAGACCACCAAGACCAACAAAUCCAAUCAAUGUUCUGGAUCUUAAAUUUGCAGGAGUCAGAUGGCAUGACAAAGUAACAACCUUGAGGUCAAACCUGACAUCUCGUGGUGCAGGGGCUUUUGUGGUCACAGCCCUGGAUGAGAUUGCCUGGUUGUUUAAUCUGAGAGGGUCUGACAUAGACUACAACCCUUUCUUUUUGGCUUACUCCAUUGUGGAGUCAUCCAAAAUCAGGCUGUAUAUACUGGACAAAGAAAGGCGGCUAGCAGCCAAUCCCGUGGACAAAGAGAGUCAGACUAAAUUGUACCAACACUUGGGAACAAGUAUGUCAGGACAGUGUAAUGGUACAACCUCAGAUCUUUGUGUGCAGAUACUGGACUACAACCAAACUAAGGUGGAAGAAGAUUUACAAGAGUUAUCAAAUAAAACAAAGGUAUGGGUGACACCGCAGACCAAUGCAGGCAUCUUACUCUCUGUACAGAGCAAUCACACAGUCGAGUCAUCCCCCAUUGCUAUUGCUAAGUCCAUCAAAAAUCCGAUAGAGAGAAAUGGAAUGAAGAAUUCACAUAACAGAGAUUCUGCAGAACUUGUCAGAUUUCUUGCCUUCAUGGAAAAAGAAAUAACUUCUGGCAAAUACUGGACUGAAGUCACAGCCUCAGAAAACCUGAAGCAACGCAGAUUGUCACUUCAAUACAAUCGAGGACUUAGUUUUGAGACUAUAGCUGGCUUUGGUAGCAAUGGGGCCAUCAUACAUUACCGUCCGUCUAACACUACAGAUAAAGUGAUUUCAGGGAAGAGUUUGUUCCUGUUGGACUCUGGCGGGCAAUAUUUGGAUGGGACAACAGAUGUAACAAGAACAAUGCAUUAUGGGAACCCUACAGACUAUGAAAAGGAGUGUUAUACUCGUGUUCUGAUGUCAGCUAUCAAUCUAGCUCUGACCAAAUGGCCAAGUGGUUUACUGGGCCGAGAGAUUGAUGUGAUUGCUCGUCAUCAGCUCUGGGAUGUUGGUCUAGAAUACAAGCAUGGUACAGGUCAUGGGAUUGGAGCUUAUCUUAGUGUGCAUGAAGGACCAGGAAGAAUAUCUUACAUGAGCAAGUCUAAAUAUGAACAGCCACUCAAGGCGUACCAGUAUUAUUCUGAUGAACCAGGCUACUAUGAAGAUGGUCAAUUUGGCAUCAGACUUGAGACAAUAGUAACUGUUGUUCCAUUUGCACCAAAGUAUAGCACAGCUGCUCAAGACUUCCUCCAGUUUGAGCCAGUCACAUUUGUUCCUUUUGAACCAAACCUGAUUGACUAUUCCAUAUUGAACAGCAAACAGGUCAGUUGGCUGAAUGAAUACAAUGCAAGAAUUAGGGAAAACAUACUACCCCUUUUGGGAAACGACCAACAGGCCAUUGAAUGGCUCAAUGUGCGGACAAAAGCUAUUCCUUUGGCAUCACGCCAGUCUAGUAAUGCAGCUAACAUUUCGUUAGUGACUGUGAGGAUUCUUUUAAUUACUUUUGCAUUUUCACAGUUGUUUUGUUAAUGCACAACUAAUUUUGUUUUAUUCCUUGCCAGCAAUUGUGUACCUAUUUUGUUAUGACUUUUUUUUAAAAUGUUGACACAACCAAACUCUUCUGUUCUAGUUGUAACUGUCAUAUGUGAACAUUGCAUGAAGUAACUGCAUUGUAAUGUUAUGGCCAUCAACCAUUGUGCAAUGAAUCAAGAUUUUAUCUGGCCCAAUGCAAGUCUUUUUGCUAACUUUAUAGAAAAGGGGUUGACCAGAAUUCUUUUAAAAUAAAAAUAUAAAAUUGAAUUAAGAUGAUUUUGGUCUACUUUUUUAUGAUUUCCUCUAAUAGAUAUGUUUAUUCUGUUAAUUUGUGUUUAUAAAUUGUAUGUCAUAAAGAAAGCAGUUCUGUUUGGGAUACACUUCCCACCAUUCUCUCUCCUAUAAAUGUGUGGCUCAUGACUUGAAGAUAUCAUUGAAGUAGUCAUAACACAUCAUGAAUGGAUCUGAUUAUCAUGUGAUCACAACUAAUUGUAUUUGCUGUUGUAAUAUCUCUAUGUCUAUUAAUAAAAGUAUCUCUCAA